GGGCGCUCGGCUGAGGCGAGGCAGCCGCUGCAUGAACGUUUCUCUUGGGAGCCGGAGAAGCACCCGCAGCCCUCAAAAUGCCGAAGCCGAUCAAUGUUCGAGUUGUUACUAUGGAUGCAGAGCUGGAGUUUGCCAUCCAGCCAAACACUACAGGCAAACAGCUGUUUGACCAGGUGGUUAAAACCAUAGGUUUGCGAGAAGUGUGGUACUUUGGUCUUCAGUAUGUGGACAACAAAGGAUUCCAGACUUGGCUGAAGCUUGAUAAAAAGGUUUCUGCUCAAGAAAUCAGAAAGGAGAAUCCCCUCCAGUUCAAAUUCCGUGCCAAGUUCUUCCCAGAAGAUGUGUCUGAAGAGCUGAUCCAGGACAUCACACAGAAGCUCUUCUUCCUGCAGGUGAAGGAAGGGAUCCUCAGCGAUGAGAUCUACUGUCCUCCUGAAACAGCAGUACUUCUUGGCUCCUAUGCUGUGCAGGCCAAAUUUGGAGAUUACAACAAAGAUGUGCACAAGCCUGGAUACCUCAAUUCAGAACGUCUGAUCCCCCAAAGGGUGAUGGACCAGCAUAAACUCUCCAGAGAGCAAUGGGAAGAACGGAUCCAGGUGUGGCAUGCUGAACACAGUGGCAUGCUGAAAGAGAACGCCAUGCUGGAAUACCUGAAGAUUGCUCAAGACCUGGAGAUGUAUGGAAUCAACUACUUUGAAAUCAAGAAUAAGAAAGGAACUGACCUUUGGCUGGGGGUUGAUGCCUUGGGGCUCAACAUCUAUGAAAAGGAUGAUAAACUGACUCCAAAGAUUGGGUUCCCCUGGAGCGAAAUCAGAAACAUCUCUUUCAAUGACAAGAAGUUUGUUAUAAAGCCUAUUGACAAGAAGGCACCAGAUUUUGUGUUUUACGCCCCUCGUCUGAGAAUUAACAAGAGGAUCCUGCAGCUCUGCAUGGGCAACCAUGAACUGUACAUGCGGCGCAGGAAGCCUGACACCAUUGAGGUGCAACAGAUGAAAGCCCAGGCCCGGGAGGAGAAGCAACAGAAACAAAUGGAAAGGCAACAACUAGAAAAUGAGAAGAAGAAGAGGGAGACAAUUGAGAGGGAGAAAGAGCAAAUGUUGAGGGAGAAGGAGGAGCUGCUGGUGAGGCUACAAGAGUAUGAGGUGAAGACUCAGAAAGCAGAGAAAGAGCUCUCAGAUCAGAUCCAAAGAGCCAUUCAGCUGGAGGAGGAAAGGAGGCGAGCCCAGGAGGAAGCAGAACGCUUGGAAGCUGAUCGUUUGGCUGCUCUGCAGGCCAAGGAAGAGCUGGAGAGACAAACUAUGGACCAGAUAAAGAGCCAGGAACAGCUGGCUACAGAGCUUGCCGAGUAUACAGCCAAGAUUGCACUUCUUGAAGAGGCAAGGAGGCGUAAAGAGAGUGAGGUUGAAGAGUGGCAAAUCAGAGCCAAGGAAGCCCAGGAGGAUCUGGUAAAGACAAAAGAGGAGCUACACCUGGUAAUGACUGCUCCGCCUCCACCCCCACCGCCUGUCUAUGAGCCAGUGAACUACCAUGUCCAUGAUAACUUGCAAGAUGAAGGAUCUGAGUACUCUGCCUACAGCGCAGAGUUCUCCAGCGAGGGGAUCAGGAAUGACCGCAACGAGGAGAAACGCAUUACUGAAGCAGAGAAGAAUGAACGUGUACAGAGGCAACUGAGGGCGCUGACAGAUGAGCUGGCCCAGGCUAGAGAUGAAAAUAAGAGGACCCACAAUGAUAUUAUCCACUCAGAGAACAUGCGACAAGGACGUGACAAGUACAAGACGCUGCGGCAGAUCCGGCAAGGCAACACCAAGCAGAGAAUUGAUGAGUUUGAGGCAAUGUAAUGAUGCUUGUAACAAGAAGGCAGGACUGUGGGAAAGGCAGAUCAUAAUGCUGUGUUCUUGUUUUCUUUUGGGGUUGUUUUUGUUGUGGGUUUUUUUCCCCUGUAUGACACUUAACAAAUAUUCUCUAAACCCAGAGGUGUUUGAAUCUCCCUUUUAUUCCAUACCUUCUAUCAAAUUUGGUAUAGUUAAAAACUCAUUGUACCACUGAUCCUGAUAACUUGCUCAUGCCUUUGCUUAGUGCCAAAAGGCCUUAUGUUACAUCUCUCUUAAGCAAGACAAAUUGUAAUACACCAUGCUUCUAGUUAAGAUAUGUGUCCUGUGCAGGUGCUGGAUUCAGCUUGGUCUAAAAACAAGCAACUGUGGGUGAAUUUUGUGCCAUAUGUCUUUGUAUUAUUAGUUACAGUGUAAAGUCCAACAGAUGAGAAGACAGGCUGUAGAACUCAGGAUUUGCAAGCACCUGUGUGUAUGGGUGCACAUGUGUUUGUACACUCCGUUUUUUUUUCCUUGGUCUUGAUGCCCAUGUUUCCCCCCCCCCCCCCCCCCUUCCCCCCCCCCCCAAAAGAACUGACAACACCUUAGAACUACUUUGUGUAGAAAUUAGGCUUCUUCUGGUUGCUGUUCUCAACUGGAAAAAUUCUGUAACGAUGGUUCAGAAGUGUGGCAUAGGGACACUGAUACCCUCCUGAUGUAACAACUAGGCAAAUACUCUGUUGGAAUCCAAUACGCUACUGUGUUUGCAUUCCAGCUUCAUUACUGAUCAGUUAUAGUGUAGUAUUUAUAUAUAUAAAAAACAUGCAAUACAUGGAUUGCAAUACUAGUUUGAAGGG